AUGGAAAAGGAUCCUGCCACUCACAGGAGGCACAGGCCUGGCCCUGGAGCCCUGCCCUCAGGAAUAACCCCUGGAUACCUCAAAGUGGCCAGCGAGGGGGCUGAACUCCAGAGGAGCAGGAGUGUGGGUGGCUUGCACCAGAAGGGGGAUCCACCAGUCUGCAUCAGGAAGCUACUACUCAAGGAGCUAGACUCUGAGGACCAAGGUAAAGAUCCAAGAAGUGACACAGAUGAUACCUCCUGUCAGGUGAGCCUAGAGGAAGACAGGAAGAAAAGGAACCAGGAUGAGCCCAGAACGCUGGACCAAAAGUGUGGGAAGUCAGAGCCAGAGAAGAGCGACUUGGAGGCCAGCACCUCAGAAAAGGACGGUGCCCACAAAGGAAGACGCACCUCAGUGGCCGAGGAGCAGGAGCCAGAGUCCAUGAAGCUGAAUAACCUUCUAGAAAAACAGAAAUCAUCUGUGUUUGUGGAGAUCGACCUUGGAGACCAUACUGAGGAGGAGGUAAUCACCUGUGCCUUGAGGGAAGAGAAGAGGUCCCCAAUGGACACAGGGGACUUGUCAGAGGAUGAGACAAGGACCAGCUGGGUGUGCUGCAUCCCAUAUUCCACAAAGAAGAAGGCAAGAGACACUACCAGUGCUUUGGAAAAGAACCACCAGUCGCCUCAGGACAGGACCCCUCUGACUCAGCCACUAGUAGAGCUCUCUGGGGACUAA